CUUGCCUGCUCUCUCCCUAACCUCUGCUACAGUUUGAACCAGAGGGUGAAACACACAGCAACUUGUGGCUUUCUUUCAAGUUAAUUAUUUUGUUUUUUCUGAGGACUGGAAUAGUGACUUGGAGAGAGAGAGAGAGAGAGAGAAAGAGAGAGGUAUGGUGUUCUAACGGUGGUUUAGUGGCGGUUGUGACGGGUCUUGGAGUUAGCGGUGGAAACUCAGGAGUUGGCGAGAAAGCGGCUCAGAAGAACAGGUGGAAUACUCACCCUCGAACCGCUCAGCACUUCACCUCACUGAGCAGGACCAGGGCUGAGAGGCCCAGACACUCGGAUGCAUCUCUCCCUGGACACCAUGAGCAUGGGGGACGACAGCUGCCUCUCCCCCAGCAACUUCCACGAGAUCGGGAAGGGCGGGGGGGGCGCGGCGGGGGGCCGCGUCCACAGCAUCGACGUCAUCCUGGGCUUCAGCAAGGACCAGGAGUCCCUGCUCAGCUCCACGGGGGGGGACCUGGGCCUCCACAGGCUGGCCGUGGAGGGCCUGGUGGAGGCGGUGAGGCUCCAGGAGCCCUCCUCCAACCACCUCCCCUACGGGGGCCACCUCUCCUCCCUGGGGGAGGGCAGCCCGGAGCAGCAGCAGCCCUACCACGACAUGGUCCUGCUGGGCACCAAGAGCGGCCGGGACCCCGGCGAGCUGAGGAGCAGCCUGGAGAGCGACGAGGACGCCGACGCCAAGUCCCCCGACCUCUGCAAGGACGAGCAGCCCAAGAAGAAGCACCGGCGCAACCGCACCACCUUCACCACCUACCAGCUGCACGAGCUGGAGCGCGCCUUCGAGAAGUCCCACUACCCCGACGUGUACAGCCGCGAGGAGCUGGCCAUGAAGGUCAACCUGCCGGAGGUCAGGGUGCAGGUGUGGUUCCAGAACCGCAGAGCCAAAUGGCGCCGGCAGGAGAAGAUGGACGCCAGCACCAUGAAGCUCCACGACUCGCCCAUGCUCUCCUUCAACCGGCCCCCGGCCAUGCACUCCAACAUGGGCCCCAUGAGCAACUCCCUGCCCCUGGACCCCUGGCUGACGUCCCCUCUCACCAGCGCCACGCCCGUCCACACCAUCCCCGGCUUCAUGGGCCCCGGCCAGGGCCUCCAGACGGCGUACCAGGGGCCGCACAGCUUCCUCAACGCGCCUCCUCACCCUCCUCAUCCCCACUCCCACCCCCACGGCCAUCCCUCCAUGGGCCAGGGGAUGCAGAGCAUGGGCCCGCCCCCCUACCAGUGCCCCGCGCCCUACUCUGAGAAGUACCCCCUGGAGGACGUGGACCAGCGGAGCUCCAGCAUCGCCGUGCUGAGGAUGAAGGCCAAGGAACACAUCCAGUCCAUGGACAAGACCUGGCAGCCCAUGUGACUAGCAGACGGGCUGUGGCUGGCUGAUUAGGAGAGGAGGAGGAGAGGAGGAGGAGAGUGCGUCCGCCGCUGCUGCUUCCCUCGGUCGAGGAGAGGUAGCCCGGUGAAAAAGACAUCUGUGACCCAGUGGUACGAAGAAGGAAGGAAGGAAUGGAAGAUGGAUUUGGGAUUUUUUUUAACAUUGAUGUGGAUAUUUUUAUGUGUACGAAGCACAAUCCUCUUUCUCAUCUCAAGUCUUUACAGCAUUCCUAGAGCGUAAACUACCAGUGGCUAAACCAGUGCUUGAUCCUAGUGAUCAAGACAUUAGAAUGGUCCGACUGCAACCAAUGGUGCAGUUGGGUACAUGCUCGCUUCUCUUUGAUAACCGGUUGAAUCUGAUUUGUUUUCCAGACUUCAUUUUUUACAAUGCUCCCCAUUGAUUUUCAAUUUCAUUUCUUUUUCCAGAUAAUGGCUCCACAGAUAUUCAGUGAACAGCACCUACAAAGCAUGUUGACAGCAUCCCCUUUCCAUUGCAAAGAUAAUAAAAUAAUAAAUACAAGAAUGGACAUUAUAAUACUGUAUAUUGGUCAUUAUAAUAAUACCUAUAUUUAUUAUGUGUUAAGUAUAAAUGUUAUAUUUCAAUCAUAGAAUAAGAAUAAUUAGUUGUUUUGCCUAAUUAAGAAAACCACAGCACAUCCUAUGUAUUAACAGAACGGUAACGAGGAAAACAUUCAAUUGAUAAUCAAAAAUUAAAGAUGCCAAAACAGGAAUUAAGUUGCUAAAAUAAUACUGGUCAGAAAAGAAAAGCACAAACUAAUUUGCAAGUUUCAAUCUCAUACAAGGAGUAUUUUGAAUAUUGAGAGAUGACAAGACGUUGGACUUUUUAUGAAAUUCAUUUUUUAUUGUUUAUUAACAAUAAGAUUAUUCGCUGCAUUAGUAAGCACCUGAAUUGUUCAUGCAAUGUUUGGAAUGGGGGGGGCUGACUAUUAUAGCUGUUAUGUUUUCCAUUGAGCACCAACUGUAGCUCUGAACAAUCAGUACACUGUUUUAAGAUUAAUACUUUGUGUUCAGUGAAAAUGCUACACACGUCAACCACGUAAAUGUGAAAUUGAAAUUAAUUAAUUAAAUGAUUCAAAUAGUGAUGCCAUGUGUUGAGGUGUGCACCGUUCCAUAGCUGAUCUCAGGACAGACACAAAGACGUAAGCGAUUAAACACCAGCUCAGAGUAGACAGGGCCAAAGUAAACCAGAAAAACAUUCCUGCACAAUUAAAGGUCGAAAUAUGCAUUCUAUCAGAACAUGCUGUCUACAUCUGAAAUAUGCAUUCUAUUUUUCAAAGCAAAUUUGAUUGCAGUUCCACAAUCAUGGGCUUAUGAAAAGACGGAAAGGCAGCAAGAGGGUUUGUGAGUUAAGUCACUGUUUUUCUUUAGUUUUUGCUCUAGUGGCUCCUGGAGGGUAAAGCCUACUGGCACGGUGUGUGUGUGUGUGUGUGUGUGUGUGUGUGUGUGUGUGUGUGUGUGUGUGUGUGUGUGUGUGUGUGUGUGUGUGUGUGUGUGUGUGUGUGUGUGUGUGUGUGUGUGUGUGUGUGUGUGUGUGUGUGUGUGUGUGUGUGUGUGUGUGUGUGUGUGUGUGUGUGUGGGUGGGUGGGUGGGUGGGUGGGUGGGUGUGUGGGUGUGGAUGUGUGUGUAU